ACAAACAGUUGAGGUGUCUAUUUAACAUAUCAAAGCAGUCCUGGCCUCCAGGUUCUCCCAGUACCCCUUAGUCCCUACCUGUUUCAGGGUAUGGCUGGCAAACCCACCCUCUUACCCUGAACUCUCUGGACCAGGGGCCGGGCUGCCCUCCUUCCAGAGGCUCUUCUCUAUAUUGUCCAGUCAUUUUGGUUACCUGUUGUGGAAGAAUCCUUCUGUACACUGUGUGAAUAUAUGUCACUAUGGUUGGUUUAGUAAACAAGAUGACUGGCCAACAGCUGAACAGGAUAAAGUGAGGUGGGAAAGCCACACUGAGAAUGAUGGGAUGAGGAAGGGCAGUCUGAGGAAUCGCCAGCCAGUUGCAGAAGGAGCAAGAGAUGAAUGUGCCAUGCUAAUAAAGGUACCAACAUAUGGCAAAGCAUAAAUAGAAAUAUGGGCUAAUUUAAAUGUAAGAGUUAGCUAAUAACAAGCCUGAGCUAUUGGCCAAGCAUUUUGUAAUUAAUAUAAGCUUUUGUGUGUUUAUUUCGGACAGGGCAGUCAGGACAGAAAAACUACGCCUCUGUUUACAUAUGGUGCCCAACAUGGGGUGCCAGAUGAUACAUAAAUCUAAUUAGUCUUAUCAAUAAAAACCAGGAGUCAGAUAUUGGGGUAAAAACCUGAAAGAACAGAGAAGCAGGGGAGCAGCCACCAGUGACUUCCUACCUCUUUUGUUCCUCCCACCAAAAGGGCCGAGAUUCUGUCUCAGCCCCACCUUAGCACUUCCUGACCCUUUCUCUACAGUCCUCCAAACCUCUAUGGUUAGCUACUGGCUAGCUCCACCCUCUGACUCCAAGCAAGCGUUGUUUGUCAAAACACAAUAAAAAUAUCACACAACAGUUACCCACCCUUUUGUAGCUUUGGCCUCCUAGCUGCUGCACCUAGUUCCCCUCUCUCCCCUCUUCCUUCCCUUCCCCCCUCUCCUCACAGGGCUCAGGGACUCUCCCAGAUGUCUCUGCCUCUGGCUAUGUCUCCCUUUUACCUAUAUUAAACUUUCUCCUCCACCAUACCUAGGAGCAGUCAUCUCCUUUUCUUUCCUUUUUAAUUUCUUUUUUUCAUUCAACUAUUGCAGUAAGAGAGCUGUGGCCAGAAGGUCUGCAAGUGCCCUGAAGGUUAGACAAAAAGAGCAGAGAGAAAGGAGUCGGGGGAGAACAUAGAAUUCAGGUCAAUGUUGGGUAUCUUCCCAAAUUGAUCUCCACCUUAUUUUUGAGAUAGCCUCUCUCACUGAUCCUGGACCUCACUGAUUCUGCUGGACUGACAGGACAGCAAGCUGGGGGAUCCUCCUGUUUUUGCCUCCCCAAUUCUGGAAUUGUAAGGUACUUGCUCCUGCACUUGGGUACUGAGGAUUUACACUCAGGACCUCAUACUUGCAGAGUACUGACUGAUCAUCUUCCCAGUUUGAAUUUUUCUUUCACAGAGAAGAAAUCCAAAACUAGAAAAUUCAGAGAGUGAAAUAAAGAGGGUGGCAUGCCAGCAUAGCAGGUCAGAGUUACUGCACCCUGGAGUCACCCUGUGUGCAUCUAUAUGGGAACUAACAUCCAGGGGCCUAAUUUGUGUCUCCAGCAUUUUGUGAAUAAGUGGAGACAAGAGGUUUGGCUAAUCUCUUAGUAAACGCAGCAUGGAACUUUGAAGGGGUUGUCUGGCCCAUUGCAGGGAAUGAAGGAGCAUCCUGGAGUGCUAUGGGAAGGAUGUUUUUCUCCAGUAAGUUGUUUGCUGCAAUACAUAGGGAUGAUAAGAUUCGUUUCUUCACUGUUUUCCAAGGUUACUGUGCUUGGUAAAAUUCAGCACUCACUACAUGGUGAAGGUAAGCAGGUUCAGGUACCAGCGUGUGAGCCUAGUGGUUAUGACAGCUUUUUGUUCUUUAUUUCUUCCUUUCAUAGCUGAGGGCAGUGAUAACAGCAACAGCUAGCUAUGCUUUUAAAGUUUUCAAAGGCCCUACUGAGAGGAGUUAGACUUCCUGGUAGAGACACAGAUAUAGAGAGGAGCCAUGGCUACUUACUAAGGUGUGGCAUUUCCAAGAUGGCCGACUUCUUCCUCACCCUUCUGACUUGAGACAAAAGCUGGCAGAUUAAAACAAAGGCCUUGUAGGCUUUGUCUCCCACUGGCAGGACUCUGCUGAUCCACUGGCUCAAGUUUAAGGCCAGAUCAGGACUUAUCACACAACAAUUGCAGAACAAUCAAACAUCCUUCCUUUAAACUCACCAACCCUAAGUUAGGGAAGGAAAAGACUUAAAAAACCCAGCCCUCGAGGAGAGACUGGAAGUUUCGGCUUCCCACCCCAUCUGCUUUGCAGAGGGUCUUUUUCUCUGUGUGCCUGCUGCUACCUGUUGAGCUCGAGAUUUUUUUCUUCUGCCUUUUAACUCUUUAACUGGCACAGAAAAGGAACCAGAUUAAGACCUUUUGACUUACGAUGAUCUGUUGCACUGGCCUUGAGCAAAAACUCCCACUCCCUUCCUCAUCUCUACUUAGCAGGAUUGUUCAGAGGAUGGAAACCGAGGAGUGCCGCACCGACUCAUCCCUGCUGAGCAGUAAAUGGAUUUCCAGUCACACCCCAAACCCAAGGCUAGCAGAUCUUUACAAGGCAUCCAGCACCUCUGGAAUCCACCGGGAGAGAAUGCUCAAAACACAAAACUCGCGGUGACACCCACACCGCUCUGCACCUGCCUGUCUCUGCACAGGCAUCAAGGCCGCCUCACCCGACCAGCCCUGGAUGCCGUACUUGUGGGUUUAAAUUAUACAUGUGAUCUCCAAAACUUUGUGGUCAGUUUUCUUCCACCUCGGUUUCCUACUCUGUAUAAUAGGGAGAGCUAAUCAUCUGAGUUGGAAGGAUUAGGUAAAACCGUGGGUGAGAAACUGUUUUGCAAGAUACGACCCUGCGGGGGGAAAAAAAAAAAAGCUCAAGCCGCCACAGCCUUUGACCCGAAGAGGGCGGGGCUGGGCAUCGAUCGCUCGGCGCUCCUCUAGGCUCUCGUCGCGAUUAGCCGAGUCGGGAGCAAUCGAUGCUCCCCGGUGUAGGUCGUGAGGACGAGAAGGCCAGCCGUGGAAUCUUCGCCUCGGCGGAACCAGUCGACGCCAGCGAUGAGAAACACAGCCCCGUCCAGGCGUCAGAGAGUGUGAUGGCGCUUCUGGUUGUCAGCCUGACUAUAUCUGGAAUUAACUAAAACCGCAAAAUGGAGGGCACACCUGUGAAGGGUUUCUGCUUAAUUUGAAGAUGGAAUAUCUACUUGUAAUCUGAAUCUUUGAGGUGCGGAUCAUGUCAGAGGACACUAAGGGUCCUACAGAGCCCCUGGUGGGGUCCAGCACCCUCUGGAAGGACCUCAGGGUACUCCUGCCUGAUACAGAGGGGGAGCUGAAGCUGGACCUCAGUGAGAAGGUGGACAGGAGCAUGACUAUGCUGCUACAGCAGGCUGUGGGGCUGUUCUAUGCAGGACAUUGGCAGGAGUGCCUGCAGGCCAACGAGGCCAUCCUGGACUACUCCUGGGAGAAGCUCAACACUGGGCCCUGGCGAGAUGUAGACAAGGAAUGGCGCCGCGUAUACUCCUUCGGCUGCCUCCUGAAGACCCUGUGCCUGUGUCAGGCACCACAGAAGGCCACUGCAGUGGCCGAAGCACUGCGGGUGUGUGACAUGGGCCUGUUGAUGGGGGCAGCAAUCCUUGACGACAUCCUUCUCAAAGUCGUCUCAGUCCUCCAGGCAUACCUUCUCCCAGGAAAGCAGCCUGCCUGUGGCCCCCACCAGGACCUGCCUGCCACCAAGAAGGCGAGGUGUGACUCCAACUCAGCUCCGGAUGUGGCAUUAGAGCGGGCAGUACCCAGACUUCGAUGCCCAACCCUGCAGCACUUCAGGAAGCACUUUCUCGUUCCUGGGAGGCCUGUGAUCUUGGAGGGUGUGGCUGACCACUGGCCGUGCAUGAAGAAGUGGAGUCUGCAGUACAUCCAGGAGAUUGCUGGCUAUCGCACUGUCCCGGUGGAAGUGGGUUCAAGGUACACAGAUGAAGACUGGUCCCAGACCCUCAUGACCAUCAAUGAGUUCAUCCACAAAUACAUCCUGAGUGAGGCAAAGGACAUUGGGUAUCUUGCUCAGCACCAGCUAUUUGACCAGAUCCCAGAGUUGAAGCAGGACAUCAGCAUCCCUGAUUACUGUUGCCUGGGUGAUGGGGAAGAGGAAGAGAUCACUAUCAAUGCCUGGUUUGGUCCCCAAGGAACCAUCUCCCCACUGCAUCAUGACCCCCAGCAGAACUUCCUGGUCCAGGUAUUAGGAAGGAAGUACAUCCGGCUGUAUUCUCCGCAGGAGUCUGAGGCUGUGUACCCUCAUGAGACACACCUUCUUCAUAACACCAGCCAGGUUGAUGUGGAGAACCCCAACCUAGAAAAGUUCCCCAAGUUCGCUGAGGCCCCAUUCCUGUCCUGCGUCCUGUCCCCAGGAGAGACCCUCUUUAUACCUGCUAAGUAUUGGCAUUACGUGCGUUCCCUGGACCUGAGCUUCUCGGUCAGCUUCUGGUGGUCAUAGCCAGGGCCAGCGUUGAAAGGACCCACAGAGCAGACACCUCACCCAAAGGCAGUGAGCCCAGUGGGAAGGUGUAGGCCCUGGCUGCUGCUGGACUCCCCCAGUCCUGCUCCCCCAGCCACUCUCUGUAAGCCACAUGUGGCAGGGCUGCUAUGUGUACCUAGGCCCUCCAGAUUAGGGAUGCUUCAUUUCUUUUCAUUGUAACUUAAAAUUUUUCAAUAACAUAAAUAAAAAUAUUUUCUAAAUUUAAAAGAACAUUUCUUCAACCAAAUUCCCCGGCUGCCUGUAGCAAGGCAGGCAACCAAAGAGGCACUGGGAAAGGAACAGUAGGGAGAAUGGGGCCUAGAAGGGAGACACCCCCGCCCAUGGGCUCUCUUGGUGGGAAGUACUGAAGGAGGGGGAGCCACAUGUGUCCCACAAAGGUGGCUGGCUCAGAGAAGCAGAGACCAGAGCAGUCAGGACAAUGAAAGGGUGGCCAGGCAGGAGUGGUUAAGGCCAAGGGGCCUGCACAGUGGGUGGUGACUGGAGCCUUGGGAGGCUGGCAGUUCAGGCUGUAACUAAAGGUAGUUUAGAUGGGCUAGAUUUAGCUCUGAAUGGACUGGCCGGGCUUGUUGGUGAUAAAACCCAUCCUGAACUAGUUUAUGUAAACCUGGGGGUUCCUACAGCACUCCUGGGUGGCUCAGAACAGGUCUGGACUGUUCCCGACUUCCCCUCCUCCACCUCUCUGGUCUCCAUGUGGUUUCAGUUUUCCCUUUUCUGGAAGGCAGAAGAGGGCAGCUCUGACUUCAUCUCCUCCCCACGUCUUGACCCCCGGUAUCAAUGCUGGUCCCUUCAGUUCAAACCAAGGAUCACCAGUAAGGAUGCUGGUGGCUAGGCCUCGGGCAAUCCCUUUGGCUUCAUGGAUGGCUGAUGAUUGACAGGACCAGCCUAGCUCCCAGCCCCACACAACCCCACAUGACAAGGUGACCAGGCCAAGGAAUCUGAGCUUGGUCACACAGGGUUUGGGAAUCUAGACCACCACAGUAUGGCUUUUUAGACAGUUAGCUUUGGCAGGGAGGGAUUACAGCAGGCUGAGGCAGCCAGAAGCCCAGGGAAUAGGUAACAGGGACCUUAGAGGCUGGCAUCCUGUCUGGCACUGACAGUUGCUUAUGUAAUCUUACCUGGACAGUUACUACAACAGCAGUGCUGCUUGGAACAGUGAAGGUAUACAGUAGGAAGGCCAGCAUUCCAGCCCACGUAACCUAAUGAAGAGCCACACAUCCCCAGUGGCUCAAGCACUGGCACACUUCGCUAGAUGUGGGUUGGCUAAGUGGCUUCAGCUUCCUGCAGCGGCCUGGCCUUUACAGUACCACCUAUGACAACCAGCAGGCUCAGUACUAUCCUGGUCACUGCUGAGCAGCAGAUGGCCAUCACCAGGUGGGAGGCAAGGAGGACGGAAUGGCUCUACCUAUGGGCAGGUUCCAAGGUUGCUGAAACCCGCCUUAGGGCUGCCUUGUGCUCACUGGGGAGUGUGGACUCUCAAGCUGGCUUGGAACCACAGAGCCAACAGGCCCUUCAAAGUGAAGAAAAGAACAAGUGUGAAGACCCAUCAGCCUGUCACUCACACAUGGGAUCUGCUCCCCACCCAUGGUCCUGGGCCAGGACUGGAGACAUGGCACUCAGCUGUGUGGGCUUCUUGUCCUGGUGUUGAACACACCAUGGAGUAGGGGUCAGCAAGACCAAAAUACGAUAAACCUGAACCAAGCUAAUGCAGCAGACAGGGUGAGAGGCUAGGACAGGGCAGCAAGGGGGGCUGGUGGGACAUGUCUGUGUGGCUGACAGUGGAAGAGAAAAUGAUGAGGGACAGAACAGGACCUCAGACGGCUGGCUUUAGGACCCACUCCCAACAGCAGGGACAGCAGCCCUGUCCAGAUUGAGUUUUGUUUGAGAUUUUUGUUGUCAAGUAGACAACAAGCUAGUCAUCUGGAAAGAGGAAUCUCAAUUGAGAAAACGUCUUCAGACUGCCCUGAGGCAAGUCUGUGGGGCAUGGUCUUGAUUUAUGAUUGCUAUGUGAGGGCCCAGCCCACUAGGAGCAGUGUUACCCCUGGGCAGGUGAUCCUGGGUGGUAUGAGAGAGCAGGCUGAGCAAGCCACGGAGAACAAGCCAGCAAACAGCACUCCACGCCUCUGCUUCAGUUCCUGCCUCCAGUUUUCUCGUACCUUGAGCUCUUUGCCCCUUCGUGAUGGACUGCGAACUGUAAGGAGAAAUAGUCUCUCCUCCCCAAGUUCCUUUUGGUCAUGGUAUUUAUCACAUCAAUAAAAGUAAACUGGGACAAGCCCCAAGAGGGACAACCAGGCCUGGGAAAGGAAAAGGAAGGAACAGCGGAGCUGGAACAGGGUCAGGGCUGGGAGUCGGGUGAGGCCAACUGGUUUGAGAUGCCACAGUGUAGACAAAGACCUGCAAGUGGGAAGGCUGGGAGCUGAAGAAAGCAAGAGGAACCUGGUCCAGUCAGUGAUUUCCACCCAGUGGCACCGGGACCAGAGGGCAGUGGCAGAGGGGGCAGGACAGACUGCAAAGGCCUAGAUGGACAUCAGACCAGGCUCUGGGAUGGUGAGGGUCUUGGGUGGGGAGUGUUGGUCCAUGCGGGAUGCUUACACUGACUGGUUGAGACCAUGGUAAAAUGCUGGAGACAGGGAGACAGGUGGCAGGACAGGCACUAUCUCCAGAGCUCCUCGGUCACCUGAACUGUAACACUGCAACACAGGACAGGCAGGCACUGGUCAUCCCAAAGCAGGGACUGAAGAGCCACCCUGCCCAGUGCAGUCCUGAGGGCAGGGCUGCAGGGACUACCCCUGAGCUACACCUUGAAGGCUCUGAGGGUGCAGGGCAUCCUGGGACUGGGGACUCACGCUCCCCACCCACAGGCCCCAACUCCAAGCCCUGGCUUUUCUAGACAGGUUCUGCUUUUCUGCCCGAGUUCAGCAGAGGCAAAAAAUGGGGUGACCUGUGUGACAUCACUGGAACCACCAGCCUAGCCCCUCUAGAAGGAACCUAUGGCCAGAUCCUUCCUCAUCUGAGCCAGUAUGGGUUCUGACAUGUUGGGGCAGAAUAGAAGCAGGCAGGGAACCACAGUGUGGCAGAUCAAGGAAGGGUACUGGGUACUGCAGUGGUGAGCCCAGGGACCAAAGGGGAGGAGCUGAGGAAGGAAGGAAGGCAGGCUGAGGUGAGCGGGUGAGAACCAUCACUGUGAGUCCUAAUUCAACCCAGUCAUCCGAAAUCAAAACAGGGCCUCAGCAGGGUGUGGCAUGUGACUGUCAAGGGAAAUGGAGCCAAAGACAGAGCAGCUGUGUAGUAGGUAGCUAUUCUGGCUGUGAUCUUGAAGCACUGCCCCUAGAGAUGUAGCAGGUAACUGCUCUAUCUGUCUAUGACCUUAAAGUACAUGCCCUGGGGCAUGGCCUUUUGGGACGCUUAAGACCUGAGAUGCACGCGCGCUGUUCUCUCACUCGUGG